CGGCGCGGACUGAGGACGUCACGGUCAUUGACAGCGUGAGGUCGUGGUGGCUGCUGCUGCCAUGGUGGCUGGCGGCUGGGUGCACUAUGUCUAGACUGGGGCCCCUGGGCGGCAGCCGCGCCGGGUUGGGACUGUUACUUGGUACUGCCGCCGGCCUUGGAUUCCUGUGCGUCCUUUACAGCCAGCGAUGGAAGCGAACCCAGCGCCACAGCCGGAGCCACAGUCUGCCCAACUCCCUGGACUAUGUGCAGCCUUCGGAGCGCGGACGCCAGGUGACACAGCUGCGGCCUAUCCCAGGUGAAGCUGGAGAUGCUUCAAUGCUGCCCAGCCUCCCACAGGAAGGGCAGGAGAAGGUGCUGGACCGCCUGGACUUCGUGCUGAGCAGUCUUAUGGCACUGCGUCGGGAGGUAGAGGAGCUUCGGAGCAGCCUGCAAGGGCUGGCUGGGGAGAUUGCCGGGGAGGUCCGAUCUCAUAUAGAGGAGAACCAGAGAGUGGCUCGGCGGCGCCGGUUCCCUUUUGCCAGGGAGAGGAGUGACUCUACUGGCUCCAGCUCUGUCUACUUUACUGCCUCCUCGGGGGCUGCGCUCACAGAUGCGGAGAGUGAAGGAGGCUACACAACAGCUAAUGCUGAAUCUGACUAUGAGCGGGACUCUGACAAGGAGAGUGAGGAUGGUGAAGAUGAAGUGAGCUGCGAGACUGUGAAGAUGGGGAGAAAGGAUUCUCUGGACCUUGACAUGGAAGUAGCUUCAAGUCCAGUGUCUGGUACCUUGGAGGAUGAUGGCUCUUCAGGCCUUGAGGAUGUGCUGCCGCUCUUGCAACAGGCAGAUGAGCUGCACCAGGGUAGCGAGCAGAACAAGCGGGAAGGCUUCCAGCUGCUGCUGAAUAAUAAGCUGGCGUAUGGAAGCCAACAAGACUUUUUGUGGCGCCUGGCCCGGGCCUACAGUGACAUGUCAGAGCUUACUGAGGAGGAGAGUGAGAAGAAAUCAUAUGCCCUAAAUGGAAAAGAAGAGGCAGAGGCUGCUCUGAAGAAAGGAGAUGAGAGUGCUGAAAGUCACCAGUGGUAUGCAGUGCUUUGUGGUCAGCUGGCUGAGCAUGAGGGCAUCUCGAAGCGUAUCCAGAGUGGCUUUAGCUUCAAGGAACAUGUGGACAAAGCUAUUGCACUUCAGCCUGCUGACCCCAGGGGUCACUUCCUUCUUGGCAGGUGGUGCUACCAGGUCUCUCACUUGAGCUGGCUGGAAAAAAAAACGGCUACAGCCUUGUUUGAAAGCCCUGUGAGUGCCACUGUGCAGGAUGCACUCCAGAGUUUCCUAAAGGUUGAAGAACUACAGCCAGGAUUUUCAAAAGCUGGACGGGUAUAUAUUUCUAAGUGCUAUAGAGAAUUAGGAAAAAACUCUGAAGCUAGAAAGUGGAUGAAGUUGGCCCAGGAGCUGCCAGAUGUCACCAAUGAGGAUUCAGCUUUCCAAAAAGACCUGGAAGAAUUGGAAGUAAUUUUAGGAAAAUAAUCACAUUUCAGUUACUUGGGGGCUACUACUUAAAUGUGGAAAAGAAAAUCAAGUUGCUUUUUCCCCCUGUGAUCCUACUGUGUUCAGGAAUCCAAGCAAGAUUGGCUUAGGGGAUGUCUUGUCCCCUGGAUGUCUGACUGCUACUACCAUCACCCUCAACUUUCUAUGUUAUCAGUUAAUUUAUUCUAAUUUCCUACUUAAUCUAAAAUUGGGGAUGUACUUGCAGCUAAGGUUUCUGCUUUCUUCCUCUUAAGUGAAUCCUUGAACAAUCAAGACAGUAUAGCCAUAGGAUUUAGGAUGGACACAGCACAGAAGGCCAAGAGCUGAGAGAACAAAGGAGUAGAACUGUCUUCCAACUGCCAGUGAGGUAGAUGAACGUCAAAGAGCCCCGGCAACAAAGCAUAGGACUCAGAAUAUUCUUUGCUAAUAUUCAACAUGUACUUAUUGUCCUAUAAAGUCAUGCCCUACCUAUGAGGACAAAAGGAGCUGCCAGUACAGCCCUCAUACCACCCAUCAUGUAGACGCUGCCUAUAUUCCUGGGGUGAGAGGCUGGACCACAUGACUUCCAGAGUUCUGGCAGCUUUUGGGGAUGGCAGCACUGGCAAAGGGUUUAUAAAUGUAUUUUGAAAGUGAUCUGAAGAGGUGCCUGUAAUAUUUUUUUGGUACAAAAUUGAAAUAAACUAAAUUUGAUUAGAAGGA